UGGUGUGUCCGAACUCCGAACUCACUCCGAACUCCGAACUCGGAAUGACGAAAACUCGAGUCGUAAAUUCUAUCGUGCUAUUGGUAGCACGAGAGAGAGGUUAUACGUUUCGUACCGAGAGAGAGCGAGAAAUGCUUUUAUCUGGCGCGAACUUCUCCAAAUUUCAUCUCUGUUGUUCUUGAAGAUAUUAGGUUAUACGUCUCUUGCAUCACGAUGGACACUGACUGUAAACUACCUUUUAAAGUCGGCCAGCAGGCGGAGGCCAAGUCAUUUCUUACAGGUUAUCGUGGAGCGUGGUUCCGAUGCAAGAUAAUGGAUAUUGGCUGGAGAAAAGGGCAGCUUAGCCAUGCCUUAAAAUUUUUUGAUUUCCCAGAUGAAAAAACAACCUGGACGAAAUUGUAUCAGAAGCCCCCGACUGAUGGAAAAGGGGAGAGGAAAAUGGAACUAAUGGUGCGACCUUCCUUUCCUCCUAUCUAUCGGGAAAGUCAAAUACCUGAUGCCAGUGCACUCUCAGGAGUGGUAGUAAUCAUUGCCAAUGUUUGGAAGGUUGGAGAUUUGGUUGAUUGGUGGACUGAUGGUUGUUAUUGGUCAGCAAGGAUAACUCGUGUACUAGGGAAUGAUAAGGUCCAGCUAGAGUUGCCAAAACCCCCACUUGGUGAAGGAAAAACUUAUGAAGCUUUCUGCAAAGACUUGCGUCCAUCAUUGAAUUGGUCUACAGAACAGGGAUGGACAGUCCCCACCUCUACGUUGCAGGAUAAGGAAACCUCUUGUUGUGCUCGUUUGAUUCAACCUGAAAAUCAAGUAGAUAAAAGCAGAAAAGAUUGCAGUGCUACUGGUGAAGGGCCUUCAUCUGAAACUGUUGCUCCUGUUUCUUCACAUAGUUCUGCUUGCUCAUUGCCAGUUCCAGAUAGAUCCGAGCAGCCUCCUGAACAGGAAACAACUGAGCAACCUUCUUCUGGUGAAGUAGAUGAAGAGGGACAGAGCCCACAUACAGUUCCAGAAAGAUCCGAGCAGCCUCCUGAAGACAAAACAACUGAGCAACCUUCUUCUGGUGAAGUAGAUGAAGAGGGACAGAGCCCGCAUACAGUUCCAGAUAGAUCUGGGCAGCCUCCAGAACAGGAAACAACUGCGCAACCUCCUUCUGGUGAAGUAGAUGAAGAGGGACAGAACCCACAUACAGGUGCAGAAUUGGGUUUGGGUGAUAGUAGCAUGGGGAAUGCUAAUGGCACAUGUAGUGUUUCAAGUUCAUCCGAUAAAGGGGCUUCAGCUGUGGUAGCAAGAACCACAGGGAGGAAUGAUCGAUAUGGCUAUGGAGAGUCCCCAAAGAAAAUGAGAAUGAGUGGAAAUGAAUGUUUGAAUUCAAUGUGUUGUGACACAGUUGAAUCUGCUAUUUUGGAUUUAGAGGAACUUGCAAAUAGGAUUAAAUGGCUUAAAGGAGUUCUACAGCUGGGUUUUCCGUUGUCUAAAGCAAUGAGGCCUCCAUGGAAAUUUUUGGAAAACCGAGCAUCGUUUACACAGAGAUGACUACUUAAAAAAUAGAAGUGGUGGGAAGCGCUUUCCCAUUGGCAUGUAAUAUGACAAUGUCACAGAUUUCAGCUAUGCAGCAAGUCGCAUACUAAUCCAGGGACAGUCCCAUGCCACUGAGCCUGCUGUAAGUUUCUGUAUAUUUGGAGACUCCAUUGCUGUAUACAAUUGGUAGAAGAGUGAUCAGAUCAGAUCAGAUGUGUAAAUUUUGGCUCUAUUUUGCGGCUAGUUCAUAGGAGAUAUCUGGGCCUCUACUUUUUUAAGGUACUGGGAAAGUUGAAUACGGCACUCAGCAAUGAAUUUGCUUCAACCAUAGAGGUUACAAGCUUGCUUUUUCAGAAAGAAUUAUUUGAGGUCCAAAGUGCUACCUAUUUUUGGUAUUGGUAUUAUAAGUAUGGCCUCCAACAGUGAUAAUACUAUAUCGGGCUGUUUGCUUGAAGAAUCAACCAGCUUCCUUUAUGUGCACACUUUUGUUCUCCCGACAUACUGUAGAUAAUGUAUUAGGUUUGUAAUCUCUUCUGUAGGUUGUAUCUAGAUUAAAAUAUCAUUGUGACCAGGUACUUCCUUAACAUCUCCACACCCCCCCCCCCAAAAAAAAAAAAAAAAAAAAGAAAGAACAGAAAAGAAAAGAAAGGGAAGAUAUGCCUUGAUACUGAGUUUUUUUUUUUUGGUGGAAGGAGAUCUGUUAACUAAGCUGAACUAAACAUAUUGCAAAUUUUAUUCAAAUAUGGUGUCCAGCUUAAUUUUUC